AUGGCGCCAAAUCAACAAAACAUUAAAUGUUUUCAAAGGAGUGCAUGGGAUGUUAUGUCACAGUCACCUGACUUUAUUGACGGCAAUAACCCUCCACGUCAUGUAUUGGACACCACACCAGACUUUAUUAUUGUAAAAUCCUCCCCGCUGAGAAUUGUAUUGGUGCUCGAUGUUUCGGGUAGUAUGAGUUCUAAUAAUCGAAUUGGUAUUUUGGAAUCACUUGCUACCAAGUUCAUUAAGUACACUGUUCCAGAUGGACAUUUCGUUGGAAUUGUUGAGUUUGGAUCGGGAGCAACUAUCAAGUCAUAUCUAACAGAACUUGGGUCGAACUACACACGCGAGUAUUUAUCCAAUCUAGUGCCGUCAUAUACCAGUGGCUCAACAUGUAUUGGGUGCGGGCUACAGAGCGGAAUACAGGUUUUGGAAGAUGGUGGUAAAAGUGCUAGAGGUGGUAUUCUCCUUCUCAUUACCGACGGGCAAGAAAAUGAAUCCCCCUACAUUGAUACUGUGAAACCGGAUUUGAUCAGCAAAGGUGUGGCUGUUGAUACUAUUGCACUUAGUUCAAAUGCGGACGAUAAGCUGGCCACAUUAUCUAAUGAUACACGUGGAUUAUCUUACUGGGAAUCUGAAGACCAGCAGUCUACUGCCCUCAAUGAUGCAAUAACUGCAACUAUUUCAACUCGACUCGGAAAAAGCCAGUCUGUCCCAAUUCAGCUAGUUUCUAGUAAAGCUGCAAUAGUUGGUGGUCGAAAAGACACCAACUCUGUGGAAAUCGAUUCAACAGUCGGGAAAGAUACUGUCUUCUUCUUCCUUUGGUCCACCUCAGUCAUUUCUGUCAUCCUUACAAGACCGGAUGGAAAUAUUAUUGAUGAUACCUCAUCGGAAUACACAAGCGAUGUUACUAAAAAAUCAGUUGUGAUUGCAAUUUCUGGAAUAGCUAUGUCAGGAACGUGGUAUUAUGAAAUACACUCAACCCACUCACAGACGGUUGAAGUGGCGAUACAGUCAGAGGCUAGGGACGGCGUUGAACCAAUACAUAUCUUUUCCAGACUAAGUGACGUGCUCAUCACAGAUACACCACCCAAUGCUGCCAUAUAUGUACAAGUUACCCAGGGUUACAGUCCUAUAUUACACGCUAAUGUGACCGCGACAGUGGAGAGACCAACACCCCAUGCACCAGUGCAAGUACAAUUAUAUGACAAUGGAUCAGGAAUUGACUCUACAAAGAAUGAUGGUGUAUACUCGCGACAAUUCGUCGAAUUCGUCUCGGCUACUUGUCCUAAUUGCAGGUAUAAUGUCAAAAUAAAAGUUGAAGCUCGGAAUGGGUUGGCAUCUAUACCAAUUUCAGCAUCGAAUAGUGGGAGGGCUCUCUCAAUACGACCACCUGGACCAAAAGAAGAAAGCAAUAUUACGGUCCCUAUUGAUGAUUUCGAUCGUGUGGAUACUGGUGGUGCAAUCCAAGCUCCAGUAACUGUCAGUGAUGAUGAUGAAUUCCCACCAUCGAGAAUUGCCGAUCUACGAGUCACUGGGACAUCGUAUGAUGACCAGACUAUUACAUUAGAAUGGACGGCACCUGGAAAUGAUUUAGACAAAGGGACAGCUGAUGGUUAUGACCUGAGAUACAGUAGAAACUUCGUCACGUUUUCACGCGAGUUUAUAACCGGCGAAGAGUUAACCGAUAACCAUGUCAUUGAGGGCACCCUGUCAUCGCCAAGCCCAUUCGGUACGACGGAGACAGUAACGGUACAACUGCCAGCUACCUAUGAAAACAUAACAUAUUUCUUCGCAAUCCGUGCAUUCGACGCUGCUAAUAAUACAGCUGCUCCUUCCAAUAUUAUAUCUACGGCCAUAGUGGUUUCUACGCGAAGCGACGAUGAUUUUACAACAGAAAGCUAUUUCAUUACUACUGCGGAUGACGUGGAUAUUAUAGCCCCGACUGAACCCGAAUCGGAAUCAAUAUCAACAACAAUCAUCGUUGCGGCGUCGGUAGUGGGGGCGGUGGUAUUGCUGUUGUAUAGUGUGUGUGUCCUGGUAAUGGCUAAAUAUGUCUGCGUCCGUCCCAAAUCAGCCAUUGCCCCAGAACAACCGACAGAUUUCCAGAUGUCGUAUGUUAAUACAGGUGUAUAG